AUGAUGUCUUUACCCGAUCAACAUUCGUCACUCGAUAAUGAUCUACCGUCAGAGAAAAAGAUCAUAACCGAAGUCUCCACGGAUCAGGAGUCGUCGGAUGAAGAAAUUAUCAAAGAUUGGGAUGAUAAGGAGGAGAAUGCGCUUCGUCGAAAAAUUGACUUUAUCCUUCUCCCCAUUCUCGGUCUCGCCUUUUUUGCUCUCCAGGUUGAUCGUGGAAACAUCAGCGCCGCGCUCACGUCCACUAUCACAGAGGACCUGGGGAUAACAACCAACCAAAUUAAUAUCGGUACACAAUUGCUCUCGGCUGGGAUUGUCAUCACAGAAAUCCCGUCGAAUAUCGUUCUUCAGCGGAUCGGCCCGCAGGUAUGGCUGUCGAUACAGCUGUUCGCCUGGGGUCUUGUCGCGACCUUCCAGGCGUUUGUGCAGAGCUAUCCUGCUUAUUUAGUAACGAGACUGUUGCUGGGAUUGUUGGAAGGCGGGUUCAUCCCUGGCGCAUUGUACUAUCUUUCCACAUGGUACAAGAAAGGCGAGACAAGCUUUCGCACCACUCUCUUCUUCUUCGGACAGAUGUUCGCAGCAGCGACAUCAAGUCUUAUAUCCGCCGGUCUACUAACUCUAGACGGUAAAUGCGGGCUCUCCGGCUGGCAAUGGAUUUUCCUCAUCGAAGGACUAAUCACAAUCCUUGCCGGCAUCAUCUUUACUCUCCUCGUCCCGCCCAAGGCAGGCAAUGGUUACGCCCUAAUCGGCCUCAAGCGCUGGAGCUAUUUCACUCCACGCGAGUCCCACAUCAUUCGCAACAGGGUCCUUCUUGACGACCCGCACAAAGCACGCGGGCACAUCAAGAUCACGGCAAAGGAUAUCUGGAAUACCGUGCGCCAACCGACCACCCUCCAGCAUUUUUUCGUUACCCUCGUCGCCAUGUCAGGGUUCCAAGGUCUGACGCAGUAUACGCCGAGCAUGAUAAAGUCAUUCGGGUUCAGUGCCGUUCGGGCGAACGCGUUGGCAUCCGUGCCGAUUUAUUGCAGCAUGGUGUGGUGUUUGGGGUUGUCUUAUCUCGCAGAUCGCACCGGCCAUCGAGGUCCCUUCGUUCUUCUCUCCAUCACUUGGAAUGUGAUUUCGUACGCCUGUCUGCGGGUGAUGCCUUAUUCCUCGUCGAGUUGGCAUAAGUAUGGAGUCAUAGCCGUGGCCAAUGUAACCUAUGCCAGCAUGCAGUACGUUCAUUUCCCUGCCCCGUUCCCAUGUCCUGGAUUCUCACAAGGUCAACCAAACAGUGUCCUGAACAUCGGCUGGCUAUCCGUCUACUGCAAAACACCCCAAGAGCGGAGUGUCUCCAUGGCCUUGAUUGUUAUGGCGGCCAAUUGCGCCGGUAUCUCCGGGUCGCAGAUUUUCCGCACAUCGGAUCAACCGAGAUAUCUGCAUGGUUUAACGGCUAUUUGUGUCUUGGCCGGAGCGUCCUGGGUACUGGCGGCGGCGUUGGGGGUGCAGUAUUAUCUGAAGAGAAGCAAGGCCGGAGGUAUUGGUGGCCGGGCAUAG